AUUUUGUUUUCCCACUGGCAAAAUUGCACUGUUUUUAAGAGAGAGAGAUACGCCGCUCCACCUCUCCUCUCCCUCUCAUCUCAAAAGCUGUACUAUCAACUUACACCAUCCCCCCACUAAACACUAGUACUUCAACACUGCUCAUCCAUUUCAAAACUCAUUUCCCUUCACUUUUCUCAUGAAAAAUCCCACCAAUUUCUCCAGAUUCCACCUAUUUCAUCAAAAACCCUCUAAAUUCAACCCCUUUUAGCUAUGAUUUAAUCAAAAAAAACCCAGAAAAAUCACAAAAAAUGGGUAGUUUUUCAUUCAUUCUUAUCCUGGUAAUCCUCACCAUUUUAACAAAAACUUCCAAAUCUGCCCCUGAUUACACAACUCUUGUAUACAAAGGCUGUUCAAGACAACCCUUAUCAGAUCCAUCAGGAGCAUACGCCCAAUCUCUCUCCUCCCUCUUCACCUCCCUCCUUCAACAAUCCUCAAGAUCCAAAUUCUUCAAAACCACCGCCGGUGGAUCCCAGCAAGCUACAAUCUCCGGACUGUACCAAUGCAGAGGCGACCUGAGCAAUGCCGACUGCUACAAUUGCAUCAGCAAACUCCCCCAAUUAACCGACCAACUCUGCGGCAAGGUCACGGCGGCGCGAGUCCAAUUACUCGGGUGUUACCUCCUCUACGAAGUUUCCGGGUUCACUCAAAUUUCAGGGAUGCAGAUGCUGUACAAGGAUUGCAGCCGCACUAACGUCGCCGGAGCCGGGUUCGAGAUGAAGAGAGACAGUGCGCUUACGGUGAUGGAGAACGGUGUCGCGAGUGGUGGCGCCGGCGGGUUUUACACCACGAAUUAUCAAGCUGUUUAUGCUUUGGGACAGUGUCAAGGUGAUUUGAGUAGUACUGAUUGUAGUCAGUGUGUUAAAUCUGCUGUUCAAAAGGCGCAAGUUGAAUGUGGGAGUUCAUUGUCUGGACAAGUUUAUUUGCAUAAGUGCUUCAUUAGUUAUAGCUAUUAUCCUAAUGGUGUUCCUACUAAAUCUUCUUCUUCGUCUUCUUUCUCCUCCAACGGUGGAAUUUCUUCAGGGUCGAAUCCGGGGAAAACGGUUGCAAUAAUAGUAGGAGUGACAGCUGGGGUGGCAUUCUUGAUCAUAAUGGUACUCUUCAUAAGAGGGUUGAAGAAGAAGGAUGAUGAUUUUUGAGGAAAACAGCUGGUUUAUCAAGGGAAUUUCUUGUUUUUCUUAAAAGGUGGGAAGGAAAAACCAAUUUUUUGUGAAUUUUUCGGAAAGGAUAUGGAAGGGUAUGAACAACAAGGCUAUUUUUCAUUUUGUUUGGUGGAUUAUUUACUAGGGCAAAAAUUGUAAAACCCCUUUUUCUUUUCUUUUUUUAAAUUUUUGUAGUCAGAAAAAGAAAUGAAUGAUUCAGUAUAAAAUGGGAAGAACAAAGGUUCAUUCAACCAUUCAGGCAUACUGAAUGUUUUUUGUCAUUGUCAUUCAAGAAUCAAGAUGCCAUUAAAAAUUUAAGACAGUAGACAUGGGAUAUUUUGUAAAGGUUUCUUCAAUUCCCUGGCCCCCUUCUUUUUCUUCUCAUCGACAUGUGAGUGAUGUGACUAUUGUUAUUUCUUUUAUCUCCAUCAUGUGUUUGAUUAAUGUCGCACUUGUUCGUCUGUAAAUAAGUAUGUCACAUUUUUAUGGAGUAUUUAUAUUUUAUAUACAUAUUACACAUAUAUUGUUAUGGAAA